GUUCCGCCGUCCGCCGCCACUCAUGACCUCCUCGCGGUGCUCGCGCCACCGUCGAAGCAGCAGCGGCACUCUUGAACCGAGCGCGCGAGAUGUGCACGGCUACGGACGGCCGGGAACAACCACGCAGAGGCAGGGAAACCCACUCUGGCAGGACGCCUCUCCUGCGCCACCCAAGAGGAACGACGACGAGGGCUCCGAGCGCGCAUGUACGGCGAACAGCUGCGUCGACGCCAACCUCCUCCGCCGUGGUCCUAACCCGGCUCUGCCCGAGGGCCUCGAACCACCCCGAUCCACCUGCGGAAGCUGAUGUCUGUCAACUGGCAGCCAUGGUGGCUGCCAUGACCACCUGACCUGGGCGAGCAGUAGCGCGUCCUCCUGCCAGUGGGACAUGCUGCUUCAAGCCUGCGCAACGUUGAAGUCGUCCACCUAUAUUACAGCUCGCCCAGUGGAAAGCGGAGGGAGGUAGACCCUCCUGGAUGGUAUGCGUCCAUGACCGGUCACCAAGAGCUCGUUCCCUCUGCGUGCGAUCGCCACGGCGCCUGCGAUCAGGGAACGUAACGUCGCCGCCGGGCUGUGAACACUACACACUCCGCGCUGUGUCAUGACACGCCAUCCCUUAGACGGUGCUCGUUCAAGCGGCCAAAUGAGAGCGGCAGCAUGCUGACGACGUGUAGCUUCGCGUGCCUUUUGCUUCUGCUGCAGCUCACGGAAUGUUCACCCACGGCUUACGACCUCAGCAGCUCCGAACAACCACUGACAAGGGAGAAGCUACAGCUAGUGCAGCAGCAGCAGCAACAGCAGCAGCAGCAACAGCAGCAGCAGCAGCAGUCGCCGUCGCCUUCGUUCAAGCCCGGCCGCAGGACCAACUACGGCCUGCUCAAGUCCGAGCCGUGCAGUUCGGACCAGACGUGCAGCAUGCGGGAUCCGGCUUCCCGCUGCCUCGAACAGUUCUGCGUGUGCCAACACGGGUUCACGGACCAGUUCGGCGACCGCUGCAAGAAACUCGUGCCGCUGGGCGAGGUCUGCUCCGAGAACCUGGUCUGCUCCGGCGACGCCGUCCAGUGCUCAGACGAGAGAUGCGUCUGCGAACGAGGCUUCGCCGAGGACGAAGGAGCCUGCAUCAAGGUGGACCCAUCGCGGGCCUCCAGCCGCAUCCUGCUGUACGUGGUGUGCGCCGCGACUGUGCUGUUUGUGGUGGGCGGAAUGUCGUCCAUGCUCUACUCACAGGUCAGGCAGCGCCACUUCAAGGACCAGGCCUGCGACAACUGCUUCCUCGCACAGUGCACGAUUCUCUGAACUGUUGUUGCAGCCUCACGAGUACAUUCCUUCCCAAACUGCAGCUUGCGGCGUGAUUGCCGUCGCCAUCGAUUGCCGUCGCGCAUCUGAGACAUGGACGGCUCGGCGGUCAAAAUGACCACUGGACGCUGCGGAUGAUGCUUGUUAAUAGCAGACCGUAUCAAAAUGCAACGCAACUUGAGAGCGACGAGCUUUACCUGUUUCAUUUGAAGCCGUGCUGAUAAGAUGGACUGACUGGCGUCAUGCUCCACAUUAGGCGCACUGCUUCUGAUGUGUCGCGUGAAAUGUUCGUGUCGUUUGUGUGACUUGUGAAAACACGUUUUAUGCAAAAGUCACCCGUGUUUACAGUAUUCGAUUGGACAAGUCCUGCUCUUCCUGCCCUCUAUUAUGAAAGCUACUUGCUUUGUCAGUUUUACGUUUUAUUGGACCUGUGCAGACAUGCACCCUAUAAAAACACAGCAUCGCACAGCCG